CUGCGUCGAUCCGCCCAGCUCGUAUUUGUGUAUAGCGAGCUGAGCGUGUUCGCUAGUUGGCUUCUUUGUGUUGGACACGGCAGGAGGCGAGGAAGGGACGAAGACGCCGACAAAUGAUCGAAAGAAGGACGACAUGUGACGACUCUCUUCUCCUUUUGACGACAAGGCGCGGGGGAGAUUGUUACAGAUGUAUUGUACCAUGCCCGGCGCCACCGUGUCCGUGCGGAGUUUGUCCGAAGUGGAGAAACACUUCAACGGCAACAGGAUGGACCGCAGCGACCCCAGCCCCCCCGCCUCCAUGCGCCGGGGAGUGUCGGAAAACAACCUGGACCUGGACCUGAGCGACGGCGCCCCCUCGUCCUCCGGGCCGCCGGAGUUCCAGCGGAGCCGCUCCUGCGUGGACGGCCUCCAGCAGAAGAUCCUGAAAGUGACGGAGCAGCUGAAGAUCGAGAAGACGGUGCAGGACGAGAACCUGGCGGAGUACCUGAAGCUGGUGAACAGCGCCGACAAGCUGCAGGUGGGCCGCAUCAAGCAGGUGUUCGAGAAGAAGAACCAGAAGUCGGCGCAGAACAUCGCCCAGAUGCAGAAGAAGCUGGAGCAGUACUACCGCAAGAUGAAGGACAGCGAGGUCCACCUCAACCCCUCGCCGCCCAAGCACAGCACCAUACCCCGGGAGUCUCGCCGGGAGCUGCUGAGGGACAUGACGGGCAGCGGGCGCCACCCCACCAUGGACAAGAUCAAGACCAUCGGACCCGGCGUCUCUCUCUCGCCGCCGUUCUUCUUCAGCAAACCCCGGGAGUUCGCCAACCUCAUCCGGAACAAGUUCGGCAGCGCCGACAACAUCGCCCACUUCAAGACCUCCAUGGACGCCUCCCCGCCGCUGCCCGCCGAGGCGGAGGGAGGGAAGGGUCUGAGCAGCAGCACCUCGCUGGUGGGGAAGUCCAAGUACCCCAGCGACGACGAGUGCUCCCUGGUCAGCGCCUCCAACUCGGCGGACAGCAACGGGCUCCCGGCGGGGAUGCGGGGCCAAGGUCCGGGCCCCGGCCCCGGCCCCGGCCCCGGCCCCGGCACCGGUACCGGCCAGCAGGCGGUGGCGAGCGAGACCCACAGCAGGCUGGUGACGGGCCUGGAGGAGGCCAGGGAGAUUAAGGAGGCGCAGAGCCAGCUGGAGGAGGACAUGGAGGAGGUCAAAGCCCAGUUCAAGAGGGACUAUGGAGUCGUUAACCAAGCGCUGCAGGAGGAGCGAUACAGGUUCGAGCGCCUGGAGGACCAACUGAACGACCUGACGGAGCUCCACCAGCACGAGAUGGCAGACCUGAAGCAAGAACUGGCCAGCAUCGAGGAGAGGGUGGCCUACCAGGCCCUGGAGAGAGCCCGGGACAUUCAGGAAGCUCUGGAGUCGUGUCAGACGCGGGUGUCCAAGCUGGAGCUCCAGCAGCAGCAGCAGCAGCAGACGGUGCAGCUGGAGAGCGGCGAGGCCCGGGUGCUGUUGGGGCGGAGCAUCAACAUCAUGCUGGCCUUCGUCACCGUCAUCCUGGUCUGCGUCUCCACCGCCGCCAAGUUCGCCGCCCCGCUGAUGAGGAGUCGGCACCACGUGGUCGCCACCGUCCUGGGGGUCUUCUUCCUGACCGUGUUCUGGAAGAACUGGGACCGUUUACAGUACGCCAUAGACCAGGUGCUGGUGCCUGCCUGAGGCGGGGGACCCGGACGCUGUGAGGUGAUUGGUUGUACAAUCGUCUUACAACACUCUUCUUCUACUUAAACUUUCCUGUCCUUAACUUCCACCAUUACUUUCAUGCAUGACAUUAUGGACGCCCCUGCUUAUUUUUACGCCGUGGAUGACUGGAUCCAACCAGCCCAAAGUCGCGAGACUUCCGAAGGAAAUGUUUCACGUCAAAAUACGAAACAGGACCAGCCCGAAAACGUACCUUCAAGACUUGAAGGUACGGUUUUUACAGCUGAAGUUCACCGUUUUGCACGCCUCGCCAGGC